CCCGCCCGAGGCACUCGUGUGCACCUGCCCGGUGCGGCGGCAGGUGUCUUCAGUCUGUGUCGCUCUCACCUGCGCGGGCCGGGCAGUCACACGGAGGACGCCGGGAGAGCCAGGAGCGGGGCUGAGAGAUGGACUCAGUGGUUUUCGAGGAUGUGGUUGUGGACUUCACCCAAGAGGAGUGGGCUAUGCUGAAUCCUUCUCAGAGGAAGCUCUACAGAGAUGUGAUGCUGGAGACCUUCAGGAACCUGGUCUCAGUAGAUGAUGAGACUCAAUUUAAAACCAUUGGGUCCAUUUCUCAGCAGGAUAGUUUUGGAGAAAAAUUAUCCAAUGAACAGAAAAUAGCAAGAUUCACAAAAAAUGAUUUCUGGACCUCCCUUUUUGGAGAAAAUUGGGAAGACCAGUGCAUUGAAGAUAAACACAACAAUGAGGGAAGAUAUUUGAGCAGAAGUCAUAUAGUGGAGAGACUCUGUGAAAGUAGCAAAGGUGAUACAUGUGGAGAAAUUGUCAGCCAUAUUCCAAAUAUUAAGCUGUACAAGAAAACUUCCAGUGGAGUAAAACUGUAUGAAUGCAGUCAGUGUGGAAAAGUCUUCAGGCAUCGUUCUUCCCUUAAGAGGCACAAAAGGAGUCACACUGGACGCAAACUUUAUCAAUGUGAGGAAUGUGGGAAAGCCUUCAGUUGUUCUUCAUACCUAAGGAAUCAUGUGAAAACUCACAGUGGAGAGAAACCCUAUGCAUGUCAGCUUUGUGGGAAAACAUUUAUUCGUUCCCAUUCCCUCACUGGACAUAUAAGGAGUCACACUGGAGAGAAACCCUAUGAGUGUAAGCAAUGUGGAAAAGCCUUCAGUUGCCCUAAAUCCUUUCGAGUACAUGUGAUGAUGCAUAAUGGUGGGAAACCCUAUGAAUGUAAGCAGUGUGGGAAAGGCUUUAGCUGUCCCAAAUCCUUUCGAGUACAUAUGAUAAUGCACACUGGAGAGAAACCCUAUGAAUGUAAGCAGUGUGGGAAAGGCUACUGUUGGCUCACAUCCUUUCAGAGACAUGUGAGAAUUCACAAUGGAGAGAAACCCUAUAAAUGUGAAAAAUGUGGGAAAGCAUUUGGUUGGCCCUCAUCCUUACACAAACAUGUCAGAAUGCACACCGAAGACAAACCUGUAAAUGCAAACAACGUGGGCAGGCCUUCAGUUGGCCCCCAUCCUUCCAAAAAUGUAAGAAUGCAGACUGGAGAGAAACCCUAUAGGUGUGAAGAGUGUGGGAAAACAUUUGGUUGGUCUUCAUCCUUGCACAAACAUAACAGAAAUCACAGUGGAGAGAAACCCGUAAAUGCAAGCCAUGUGGGAAAACUUUCAGUUGGCCCUCAUUCUUCCAAAAAUAUAAGAAUGCAGACUAAAGAAAAACCCUAUAAGUGUGAAAAAUGUGGGAAAGCAUUUGGUUGGUCCUCAUCUUUACACAAACAUGUCAAAAAACACAGUGGAGAGAAGCCUGUAAUCGUAAGCAAUGCGGAAAAGCCUGCAAAUGGCCCUCAUCCUUCUAAAACAGUAAGGAUGCAGACUAGAGAGAGACCUCAUACCUGUGAAAAAUGUGGGAAAACUUUCAGUUGCCCCAAAUCCUUUCAUAGUCAUGUGAGAACUCACAGUCAACAAAAGAAAACUUGUAAGUAAUGUGAGAAAACCUGAUGCAAAUUAACUCAUCUAAAACAGUUUGGAAAAUCCACACCAGAAGAAAAAUUGUGCAAAAGUUACAAAGAUGGUAUUCCUCAGUAUCUCAUCCUUAAUGGGACCUCUACUUUUAUAUUAUUUUUUAAAAUUGUUCUGUAACUAUGGGGCCUUUAGACUAAUGUAACAUUGAUAUUUGUUUAGAUUUUCUUACUGGCCCAGUGUGUUCCAAAUUGGGUAUCACUUUCCCAUUACAUAUAUUCCAUCAUGUUCUCUUCCUGAGAGAAACUAUGACUUUGAAAGUUGGCACUCCUUUGCUUACAUAAGGUAUGUAUUCUCAACACCGUUUUUUUUUUUUUUUUUUUGGCCAGAGAUUCAUUAUUCCAUUUUGCUUGGUUCCAAUUUUGUAAUUAUGUAAAUUGGCAGAAAUUUGUAGGUACGCAGUGGUCUUGAAAGAAUAUAAUUUCAUAUGAAUUAUUAUUUCCAUCUGUUGCUAUAUGCUCUUUGUCCCGGCUUCUGGUUAGCAAGUGGACAAUAUGUUUCAGUUAAGAAGAGAAUGAAAUCUAGAGGUGUAGAUGGUCCUUCUGGAUUGUGUUCUAUCAACAUAGGUAAGGCUGGGAACUACAUUUCUCAAGAGGCCUUCUCUAUAUGGUUCCAUGGUAGAAUUCUGGAAGAGCCCAGCUUGCAUGAGAUUUGGAGGAAGCAAUUUUCAGUUUAUUGAGCCACCACCACAUAAGGAGAUAGAGAGAUGCACGGGGACGUGGUGGGCACCAUCUGCAGCUUAUUUUCCUGAUUCCUAGUCUUGCCAAUCAAAAGUAUCCUCAAAACACAUAGCAACUGCAUGAAUUCCAUUUUGUCAGAGGGGUGGCCUUUCACAGACACCCUACCAGCCUUCCCAUCACGGAGGUACCUCCGUGGUUUGAUGUCCACAGCUUAUAUUUUCCCAAAAGCCCUAUACUGUCCACCAGGCCACUAAUUAGGACGUCAUGGCUGUUGACAUUGUCUAAUGCUCUGACCUCUUUUCUCUAGACCUUAACAUAUUCGAAUAACACCUGAUUCAUAUGGUGAACACCUCAUUCUCUUAUUAUUUCUUAUGUUUCUGUGUUCCUGAUUCCAUCUAGAACAGAUGCAGUGGAGCACCCAUAACAACAUAAGGGAGGUGUUUCCCUGCAGCGUCCUUGAGCAGCUACACUUACCCAGUAUUUCUGUGAAAUAAAUAAGCACUACUGACAUACUGGGCAGACUAUGUGGGUUUUCUGUUACUCAGCACUGGAUGCAACCCCUCAGGAUGUGUUGUUAUUAAGAUUGAGUAUGUGUGGUUGGACACGAUGUGUACUUUUUUGGUUGAACAAAUGCUGUGUUUCUGAGAAAUAGUCUAUUAACUGUUUUCAUAUGAGUUAUGUACUUUAUAAACUGUAUAAAAUGUUUCUGAAAAAUAUCCUAUUAACUGUGUUUUCAAAUGUAUACUAAUUUACUUUACUCUUUACAGAAAGUUGGGGAGCCUGGGUGGCUCAGUAGGUUAAGCCACUGCCUUUGGCUCAGGUCAUGAUCUCAGGGUCCUGGGAUCGAGCCCUGCAUCAGGCUCUCUGCUCAGCAGGGAGCCCACUUCCCCCUCUCUCUCUGCCUGCCUCUCUCCCUACUU